AUGAGCUAUGCUGCGAUUGUUAGAAAGCUAAGGCGAACGCCACAAUUGUGGAUUGUUCAACAUCAGUACCUGCUUCGUGCAGUGUCGAGAUCGGUUUCUAACUCAUCUUUCCACAUUGGUUCUGUCUCUUCAGCAUUUCGUCGAGCGGGUCUUGUGCAUCCUCAAAUGUUAAGCCAUGUACCACAUUUUAUCUUGUCCAAUCGAUUCUCCACCCAAAUCAUCUCCGAAACAUUUGUUAUCAACCAAGCCCUUGCUCCGCUGGAACAAGGUCUGAUUGAUUUAAUCAGACAGGUCUCUGAGUUAGAGUCGGAGGAGGCCGAUGCCAUAGCUUCUCUAGAGGAGUCAUCCUUUGAUCUUAAUCGUGAUUCUUUGUCCUCAUUAAUCUGGGAAUUAAGAGAUGAAUGGAGGCUUGCCUUUCUGGCAUUCAAAUGGGGCGAGAAACGCGGCUGCGAUGAUCAGAAAGCUUGUGAUUUGAUGAUCUGGGUGUUGGGUAAUCAUCAAAAGUUCAACAUUGCUUGGUGUUUGAUCCGUGAUAUGUUUCAUGUUUCAAGGGAUACUAGAAAGGCCAUGUUUCUCAUGAUGGACAGAUAUGCUGCUGCUAAUGAUACUAGCCAAGCUAUUCGUACAUUCCAUAUCAUGGAUAAGUUUAAGCACGUUCCUGAUGAAGAAGCAUUUCAAGGAUUGCUAUAUGCCUUGUGUAGACAUGGGCACAUUGAAAAAGCUGAAGAGUUCAUGCUUGCAAGCAAAAAGCUCUUUCCGGUUGAUGUUGAGGGAUUCAACAUAAUUCUUAAUGGUUGGUGUAACAUUUGGACUGAUGUGACUGAAGCGAAGAGGAUUUGGCGAGAGAUGGGGAAUUACUGUAUCACGCCCAACAAGGACUCUUACAGCCACAUGAUCUCUUGCUUCUCUAAAGUUGGGAACCUUUUCGAUUCUCUCAGGCUCUAUGAUGAAAUGAAGAAACGAGGGUUGGCCCCAGGGAUUGAAGUUUACAAUUCUUUGGUUUAUGUGUUGACCCGUGAGAAUUGCUUUGAUGAAGCUAUGAGGCUUAUGGAAAAGAUGAAGGAGGAAGGAUUAAAGCCAGAUUCAGUCACUUACAACUCGUUGAUACGUCCCCUUUGUGAGGCUGGAAAGCUGAAAGAAGCCAGGAAUGUAUUGGCGACCAUGAUAAGUGAGAACUUAAGUCUAACAGUUGAUACAUUUCAUGCAUUCCUUGAGGCUGUAAAUUUCGAUCAAACUUUAGAAGUCUUAGGCCAAAUGAAGAUUUCUUGUUUAAAGCCUAAAGAAGAUACUUUUCUCCUCAUUCUUGGAAAAUUGUUCAAGGAAAAGCAACCGGAGAAUGCUUUGAAGAUGUGGGCAGAAAUGGCUCGUUUUGAGAUAGUGGCUAAUCCUGCUCUUUACUUGGCUACGGUACAGGGCCUUUUGACAUGUGGGUGGCUUGAAAAGGCCAGAGUGAUAUAUUCAGAGAUGAAAUCAAAGGGGUUUUCAGGAAAUCCUAAGCUCCAGAAACUGCUUGAGGAGCAAAAGGUAAAGGGGGUCAGAAAAAGCAAGAGCAGAGAUCUUCAAAAAGUUGGCUAUCGGGGAGGCUAUAAGGGUCAACGAUCAAUAUAUAAAAAGGAAUCAGAUACGGGUAAGACUUGAAGAUUCUGAUCAAAGGAUCACUCAAGUAAUGACUAGAUUCUCAGACCUUAAGGUCUUCACUCUUCUGAACUGUGAUAUGUGCAAUCUGCACGAGACCAGAAGCUUUGUUCCUAGCCCAUCUGUUCCAUUUAGUUUACAUGCUUUCACUGCAUCCGCCGUGCAAUUUUCAAGGUAAUUUUUUCUUCCGUUGACCAGAUUGAUAAUCGUUACCUUUGCUUAUGCUGGAGGAGAAUAUCCAUGCAUCUGCAGUAUAUUAUCACUUGCAACCAUGCUGAUCUAGUAAAUUCUCUCCUGGUUACAUGAAAGACAUUAGAAACUAGUCUGGUUCUUUAUUGUUAUAUAUGCACACAAGGUUCCCAUGAUCGCUGCACGUUCAAGUACAAGAUAUUUGAGCUCAAUGUGUCAAUGAUAUGAACCAGACCGCGCAACAGGCAAAGGCUGAGCUCAAUGUGUUUCAAAGGCAAGAUCUUCAGAGCUCUAGUUGUCCAUUUUUUAUUUUUCUGUGUUCUUUUGUCCUUGGUUUUCGUUAUUAUUAAAUUCUUGUGUCAUGACUCAUGAGCCAUGAUGAUUGGUACGGCCUUGGAUUCUUUUGAGUGUUAGCAAUUUUCA